CCGCCGCUGCUGAUUGGCUAUUGCUAUGACUGGCGGACACUGAUUGGCCGCUGUAUGACAGCCGGAGAGUGCGAGCUAAGCGGCCGUUCACCUACAUACAGCCCGGGACAUGGCAGGGUGCGGAGGCCGGGCGUGCAGGGUGCUGCAGAGGAACAGCCUCCUGGUCAGGCCGUGGCAAGCCUCCAGGAGGGACUGCGCUUCAGAGGCUGCGGUGCCUGCUGUCGCUCAGGGUUUGUUGGGAGCAGAGAGGAAGAGGUUUCUCCCUGAGCAUCCGCUGCCGUUCUCCUCCUUCCUUACAGACAGCUUUGGCCGGCAGCACAAUUACCUGAGGAUCUCGCUGACAGAGAAGUGUAAUCUCCGAUGUCAGUAUUGUAUGCCUGAAGAAGGAGUUAAGCUGACACCACGGAGUGAACUUCUCACCACUCAGGAGAUCCUCAAUUUGGCCAGACUGUUUGUACAGGAAGGAGUGGAUAAAAUCCGUCUGACAGGUGGAGAGCCGCUCAUCCGCCCCGACGUGCUGGACAUCAUAGGACAACUUCGUAAACUGGAAGGACUGCAAACCAUUGCACUGACCACGAAUGGGAUUAACCUUGCAAGACAGCUGCCCAAGCUGAAGGAGGCUGGAUUAGAUGUUCUGAAUGUCAGUCUGGACACCCUUGUACCGGCGAAAUUUGAGUUUAUUGUACGCAGGAAAGGUUUUCAUAAAGUCAUGGAAGGCAUCCAUCGCGCGGUGGAGCUGGGGUACAAUCCGGUGAAGGUUAACUGCGUGGUGAUGAGGGGGCUGAACGAGGAUGAGCUCCUGGAUUUUGUGGCGCUCACAGAGAAACAGCCUUUAGAAGUGCGCUUCAUCGAGUACAUGCCAUUCGAUGGAAACAAGUGGAAUUUUAAGAAGAUGGUGAGUUACCAGGAAAUGCUGGACACUAUCCGCCAGCGGUGGCCAGAGCUGGAGAAGCUCCCAACCGAAUUGUCCAGCACUUCCAAGGCCUUCAGAGUGCCGCGUUUCCAGGGCCACAUCGGCUUCAUCACAUCCAUGUCUGAGCACUUCUGUGGCUCCUGUAACCGGCUGCGCAUCACGGCUGAUGGGAACCUGAAGGUCUGUCUGUUUGGGAACUCUGAGGUGUCUCUCAGGGACCUGCUGCGCUCAGAGGCGACUGAGAAGGAGCUGGUGCAGAUUAUCGGGGAGGCAGUGGGACGGAAGAAGAAGCAGCAUGCGGGUAUGUUUAACAUCUCCCAGAUGAAGAACCGGCCAAUGAUCCUGAUUGGUUCUGUUUCGUGGCUACCCCGACCACAGCAGAGAAUCGUCCAGGGGUUUCAUUGUUUAAAGGAAUUGUAUUCUGCCGUCACCCUGAAAGCUGGAUCCUACGUGCACUCUCUCCGUGCAUUACGGAGUAGGGGUAGGGGACAAAUGUACUUUUCACAAUAUUGUUUUAACAAGAAGAUACCUAAUUCUACGGUGCUGCCGCUGCGCUUUGUUUGCAGUGGCCAGGAAAACUUUCGCCCCAUUUCCAAACCGGCGUGCCUUACUACACAGCAGUCUUCCACUGGUAUUGUCCUAGACAAUUUAUCUGAAACGCACAAUCCCUGUUCACAGGGAGCAUCUGAGCACUUGACGCACGUCGACGGAGCAGGAAAGGUCCUCAUGGUGGAUGUCGGGAAAAAGUCAGACACGAGUCGCACAGCGGUUGCUAAAGCAGUUGUACGCGUGGGCCCAAAAGUCUUCAGAUUAGUCCAGUCGAACCAACUGAAGAAGGGGGAUGUCUUCGCAGUAGCACAGAUUGCCGGAAUCCAGGCAGCCAAGCUCACCAGCCAGCUCAUCCCUCUGUGUCACAACAUCUCCUUGAAUCAGGUCAACGUCUCUCUGAAGCUGGAUGAUGCUCGGUUUACGGUGGAAGUAACGGCUGAGUGUCACACACACGGUAAAACUGGGGUAGAGAUGGAAGCGUUGACUGCGGCCAGCGUGGCGGCCUUGACGAUCUACGACAUGUGUAAGGCCGUCACCCAUGACAUGGUGAUAGAAGAGGUGAAACUUAUAAGCAAAACUGGAGGACAGAGGGGGGACUUCCAUAGUGAGCCAAGCUCCUCACAUUAAAUCCAUUGCAUGAGCUUCUUGCUGGCUUUUGGGUGCCAAAUGAAGCCUUUUUAUUGAACGUUUAUCUUGACUGAUUCAGGAACAGUAAGUGGUUCUGUGGUGUGAUGCGCUGACGUGUUAUGGCAUAGCGCCACUUUCUGUUGUCUGGUUAAUGUUUAUAUCCCAAAUUUGUUACACGGUUCUAUGCGCAAGGAACCUAAAGAUGAUGCCAUACAGUAAUGUAUUUUUCCUUUCACAGUGGUGAUGGUAUUAUUAUCACAGGACUUUGCUAGGUUGACUAGGUGAUGUGUUUUAUCAUUAUCCCUGUUUGUUAGAUAUGGAUCCAGUCCUAUACAUUGAGUGCUCAUUUAUGCCAAAUGACUUUUCUUACAUACAGCAACAAUAAUGUUUUAUAUAGUUACCUCAAUCCAUAUAAUUUAUAGACUUUAUUUUUGGGGUGUAAUGGUCUCUUAACACUAAAUAUAGCACUUGUUGUAAAAAUCCAAAUAUAACGUGUGCACAAGGAGGGGCUUCCAGCCACAGGAAGCUACAAGUAAAAGGACACUUGGGAGUAUGAAUCCCACUUCUGCCACCAACUUUGCAGCCAUCUAUAAAUAAAUAAUAGAAUAUGAUCCUAAACCCAUUAUCUUAAAAUUUCAUUUUCGUUGGUGUUCACUAAGAUUACACAAGAAUACACAGUUGUAUUUGCCUUUGGUGCAGUGAUUGUGAUUGGACAAGUAAGGCUGUGCUCCUUUCCUAUACCCCCUACUACCAUUUGUCUGAUUUAAGUAGCCAGCAGAGCUGCUUGAAUCCUGGCGUACAACAGCUCAAGGGGGGGGGGGACGACGACAAGUGCCAAACCAUACAAGGAGGGUCCAGAAAAAAAGAUCACUGCCCAAAGAAAAAUGAAUUCUAUCUGAACUUGUGACACCAACUACCGAACGUCAAGGCUGGGGUUGUUAUUCUGUAACCGCACAAUUACAUUUUUAUCCUGGAUAUCACGCUGGAACAAUCACAGGAGAUGGAAUGGGCUUCUGAGAAUAACCCUACAUUAUGGUUUUCUGUUUGUUUUUUGUUAAUUGUCCUUUAAAAAUUUAUUUUAAAUAUUUUUAAUGUAGAUUUUGGUUACCUUUUGCCUGAGAAGAUGCGUUGUACAACUGACAAUGAAUUAAGCCACUAUUAACUGGAAACAAUGUUUUUGUUUUUUCAUAACUUUAUUGUGCAGCAUUUAUAAAGCAGCAACAUAUUUUUUACAGUUUUCGGAAAUUCUAAUAAAAAUAAAGUAAAAGACAAUAAACAUUAAUGAAACACGA